CAUACCCUUCCCGCGGAUCUGAGUGAGCUGUUGCGAAGCGUCAGAGUCUGAGCCGCGUCAUCAUCGUCUAUAGAGCUUCAUUGUUCGCCCUCCUCAAGUCCUUCUGGCUUUAUAACCCACUCAUCUCACUAUCCUCGCGAAGCCAGCAUCGCCUCUUCUCUUUCCGUCGCACCGCCAUUCCGAUCAUCCGAUACCCUUUCCUUGCCCGUCUCCGGCUCCGGGAAAAGAAGCGCUGUUGCAGUGAUUCUCCAAGACGGUAGCUGAAGACGAGAAUAUACUUGCCUAUGCCAUCGCCGUAGAUUGUCACGCCAUCUUCACGUCUUGGAUACCCUUCGCGUAGGUCAAGCUACGCGCUUCCGAAUCAUCCUCUCUCUCUCUCUCCUUAGCUUCGGCACGGAAGACGAGACCAGAGCAUGAACAUCGGCGGAGGAGGCGGGGGACCAGGAGGCUCUGACGGUCUACCGCCGGGGUCUAUCAAUCCUCAAGCUUUGCAAGCCGCUCUUCAGCAACAGCAACAACGCUCCAAUGGAAACGUUGGUGGUGGCAUGGGAGCUGGGGUUGGUGGUCCGGGAGGAAGCUUUCCGGGUGGACUGACGCCUGCUUUACUUCAGCAGCUUCAGCAGCAUCAGAUGCAACAGCAGCAGCAGCAACAUCAACAACAACACCAACAGCAGCAGCAGCAACCAUUUCAACAGCAGCAGGGCAUAGGGAUGGGAAUGGGGAAUGGAAAUGCGGCAGGAGGAGGAUCAGGCGCUCCCGAUGGCAGUGGUAGUGGUGGCCAGAAUCCGCCGCCUCAAGGCGCUGGUUCGGGGGUCAGCUUGCCGCCCAACAUGCCGCCUGAGAACGCUGUCAAGAUGAUCACGGCAAUCCGGUCCAACAUGACCAAUCUGCAAGCCCAGUGGGGCUCCGUCUCUUCGACUCCCGAUAGUCUAGAGAAGCAGCAAAGCCUCGGGCGUCUUGCCGGUGAGAUGAGAAGGAUGAAAGGAUUGCACGAUCAGCUGCUGGUGAUCCUCAGAAGCCAGAGCCAGAACCAGCAGCAGCAGACUCAGGCUCAGCAGGGACAGCAAGGACAGCAGAAUCAACAGCAGCCAAGACCACAAGGCAAUCAGGCCUUUCCCGUCCCGCCUAGCCCAGCUAAUGCAUCAAUGGAGCAGAUGAACCAACAGCAAGCGCGAACAGCAGCAGGAGCAGCAGGUUCCCCUGAUGCGGCUUCGACUGCAGGAGGUCAGUCUGUCCAGCAUGGAUCGCAGCCGUCCUUUUCUGCGCCUCAGCCUCCUCAGCAGGCCUUUUCGAGUGAAAAUCCGCAACAUCAAGCUCAGCUUGCCGUCUUGCAAGCUUUCGCCCAGCAACAGCAGCAGAGACAGCAGCAGCAAUCGCAGUCGCAAUCCCAGUCGCAACCACAGCAUCAGAAUCGAGGUAUGGUCACGCCGCAACAGGGAAACGUUAGUCUACCGCCAGAGGAGAGGGUUGGGCCCUCACCAAGCCAACCAGGAGGCUUCCCUCCCCAUCAGCAGCAGCAGCAACAACAACAUCAUCCUCAGCCGCCUCAGACCCCUCAGCAGCAGGCGCCAGCUCCACAGCAGCAGCCUCCACAGCAACAGCAGCAAACCAUGCCGCUGCCGCCGGGCCUCGCAAAUACGCAAGCAUUCGUCGCUACCAUUACCUCUUUCAUGGGGCAAAGAGGAACACCGCUUCCUCCCGGCACUAGCUUCACAUUUCAGGCUCCUGCUGGCAAUGGCGAGAUUCGAAAGAUUGAAUUGAAUGCCGCCUUUGCUGCUGUGACAGGUCUCGGCGGCUCUACAAAGCUCUCUACAGCUGCGCCGGGAGGUCAGUCUCCAAUCAAUCAACAGGGGCUGAUGGGCUGGGUCAUCCUGGCCAAUAGGCUUGGACUAGCGGUCGCAAACCCGGAUCCAAACGGUGAGGGACGGCGGGAUCAGAUUCCAACGCCAGCUCAGACACCGGAGCGGUUGCGGAACUGGUACAGGGAGUUGCUCGGUCCUUUUGAAGAGUGGUGGGUGAACAAGAUGUCGAGCGCCCAGGCUGGACAGUCGGGUCAGCCGGGGCAGACUGUGCAGCAGGGCCCUAGUGGUCAGGCUGGUCAACCACCAGCACAAGGGCCACCGCCGACUCCUCAGCGUGAAGGACAACCUCCGCAGACUUUUCCACCGCUGCCGCCGAAUCACCAACAAGCGCUUCAGCAGCUUGGGCAGCAUCUGCAGCGGUUGGUUGCGGAGGGGCAAAUGUCGCAAGAGGACGCACGGAACCGGUGGGCGCAGGCAUCGAAUGCUGCUCGCGCACAGGCUCUGAAAGCUCAGCAGGAACAGCAGCAGCAGCAGCAGCAGCAGCAGCAGCAGGGACAGCCGGUCCAGCAACAGCAGCAAAUGGGACAGGCAGGUCCAGCAGACCAGCAGCGUCCCGGCCAGGGCCCUUGGUCAGCACAUGGAUCUGGAAUGGAUCAACAGGCCUUCCAGCAGCACCAGCAGCACCAGCACCAGCAACAACAACCGUUGCCUCCGCAUCUACAGCAACAGAAUCAAGCGAACCAACAUCAGCGGGAAAUCUCUUCGCCGGCGCCCAGUGAGGCGGAGCAAAAGGGCAAGAAGCGAUCUAGAAAAAGCACAGCCCAGAAGAGUGCGGAUGCGAAGGUGGCCAAGAUGGAGCAUGCUUCUACACCUUCUGCUCCAGAUCGUGGCAGCCGACAGGGAUCAAUGCAGAGCUCUGGGCCCCCUCAGCAGCAGCAGGGUCCGUCAAUGCCCGCACAAUUCCAGCAGAAGCUUCCACCGGGCCAGCCGCAGCAGCAGCAGCAGCAGCAGCAGCCAGCUAUGGCACCUGGUCCUGGAGGUCCUGCUCAAGGACAGCUCACACCUCGCUCUGCAGUGAGGAUGCUGCAGCAAGGCAAUCUCAACCCGGCUCAACAGGCCGCCGCUCUAGCCGCGGUCAGAGCAGCCAGUGGCGGGUCAGGUCCUUCGCAGCAUCCUCAUGGCCCACAGAGUCGGCCGGUGACAAGAGAUGGAGGCGGACCGCCAGGACCUCAGGGUUCGUCAGUACAGCAAGGACAGCAGCAGCAGCAGCCGAGUGCCGCCAAGCAAGAAACGCCAGUACCACCCCCUCACCCGCCCAACAAGUUCAAGAUUGAGUAUCUGCCUCUACAAAGAGACGUCAGAACGUACGCUGGGUGGGACCUCGAUGCGGUGGAAGCUCAGGUGGGCCGAGUCGCGAAAGGCUACAACAAGAGCAUUCGGACUGUCAGAGAGAUGGGCGUCGUGGACGUCACGGGCCUCAUCCUCUCACUACGAUCGAGGCUAGAGAUUGAAGUGUCGUACGCACUCAAUUCCUUGCUGAUCCUCUCAUCGGGUGCAGGCACCAGGCCGGACAGUGCUGGACUGAAGUUGGAUGCUUGUGGUGAUCUCCUAGAGGAGCUCCUCGAGCUGCUCAGAGAGACGGCGUUUGUAGAUGGGCCUCCGGGUGAAGAUCGCAAAGAACACGUGGAUACUCAGGGCAGUGUAACGCCGGGUAUCAUCAGCCACUCUCAGCUCGUCUUUGAGACACUGCAAGAGGAAGAGGACCUAAAGCUGCUGCGUCGGAACGGUGUCAAACAGCGAGCACAAUCCUUACCGGCGAGGGCUGUCGAAGAUCUCGACGCGCCCUUGGUCAAGGACUCUGACAGGCUGGAGCAGGACAUUGGCGCUCACCGGCGCACAGUGGAAGACGACCGGACUCGAGAGCGCAAAGCGAACAUUGCCCUGACGCUGUUGAAUAUACUCUGCAACUUCUCGACGAUGGUGGAAAAUCACUUUUUCCUGGGCAGCAAUCAGGAGCUCUUGGUGCUACUGGGAGACCUGAUCAGCGCCGACGAUGGCCAGGAGGACUUUCGGCUGUUCACUCGUGCCGAGCAGCUCAAGGUGAGAAAGGACGUCCUGCUUCUCCUGACGAGCAUUAGUGGGCCUGGUCUGCAGUUGAGGAGGCUGCCCGUGGCUACUGUUACUGCUCUCUUCGACCUGUACUGCUCCUUUAUGGAGGAUGCGGCCGAGAUCGAGGCCUUGGGAGGUCCGCUGCUAGGCGAGGCUCCUCCCCCACCUGGUGUCCCACCUCACAUGGCCCCUCGCCUGCCUCCGGUGCCAUGGGCUGCACGGACGCCGUACUAUGCCGACCUCGCCCUGGAUGGCUUCUCAAAGUUCGCCCUGCCGGACGAGAAUCGCAAGGUGUUGAGUGAAGUGGUGCCGGCUUCGAAGAUCAUGGACCUGUGCACGACGUUGGCGCAGAUGUUCCCUUCGUCCGAAGCCGACUACCACUUCUUCCGUACCGAGACACGUCUCUGCUACACGGAGCACAUUGCGAUGAGUCUCUACAAUCUCGUCUUUCUCGCUCCGCUCAAGGUCAAGCUGCAGCUGCGCAACGGCACGGCGGGUUGGACUUCGACGUUGUUCCGCGUGGUGAAGAGGGUGCUGCGCUUUGGGUCUUCGGACUUUUCGCACAAUCAAUUCAGCUCGCUGGCAUAUCGCUUGGUGGAGACGCUGAAGCUAGUGGACGACUCCAAGGACAUGUUCAACAUGCCCUUGUUGCUGAGCUUCUCGUCCAGCCACGGCGACGAUUCUGGCAGCGGUAGCGGAAGUGGUGGGCAGGAUGAGAGCGGACACGGCGGUUCGGGAGCGUCUGCGAGGGGAAGUCGUAAGCGAGCGCCAUUGUUGGCUGCGGAAGAGGAAGGGGUGUUUGAGGUGCUAUCGAUGGUCAAUGUAGACCCUGUGCUGCUGGAGCAUCUGAGCAGCAUGGUGGUUGCCUGACGAAUGGGAGUCGCAAUGGAAAUCACAAAGUCACAGAGGAAGUCACGGUGUGCGUUCAGCUGUUCAUGACCUCAGUUACACGGCGUCUGCUCGACCGCUAUGUUCUCCUGUCAAUCUGGUAC